AUGGGGGAACUUGACCAACUGCGUCAAGAAACGGAACAACUCAAGAGUCAAAUUCGAGAGGCUCGAAGGGUGGCAGCUGAUACCACUUUGCAACAAGCGACGUCUAAUGUUGAGUACAUAAACCGUACUCAGCUCCGUAGCAGACGGACAUUACGUGGACAUCUGGCGAAAAUAUAUGCGAUGCACUGGUGUUCCGAUUCGCGAAACCUAGUAUCAGCUUCUCAAGAUGGAAAGUUGAUAGUGUGGGAUGGAUAUACUACCAACAAGGUUCAUGCUAUUCCCCUAAGAAGCAGCUGGGUAAUGACAUGCGCAUACUCACCAUCCGGGAAUUACGUAGCUUGUGGCGGUUUGGACAACAUAUGUUCCAUAUAUAGCCUGAAAACUCGUGAGGGUAAUGUUCGGGUUAGUCGUGAACUUCCUGGCCAUACUGGUUAUCUAUCAUGCUGCCGUUUUGUAAAUGACAGCCAGAUUGUUACUACUUCAGGUGAUGGCACUUGUGCUCUUUGGGAUAUUGAAACUGGACAACAGAUUGCUUCAUUUAUCGGGCAUACAGGAGAUGUAAUGAGCUUAAGUCUUGCACCAAAUCUUCAGACAUUUAUCUCGGGCGCUUGUGAUGCUGCUGCAAAGUUAUGGGAUUUACGAGAUGGUCAAUGUAAGCAAACAUUCCCUGGUCAUGAAUCUGAUAUCAAUGCUAUCAAUUACUUUCCAAAUGGUAUGGCUUUUGCAACGGGUAGUGAUGACGCUACAUGUCGCUUAUUCGAUAUACGAUCUGAUCAAGAAAUAGGCAUGUACAGUCAUGACAAUAUUAUAUGUGGUAUUACUAGUGUGGCGUUUAGCAAAAGUGGUCGACUUCUUCUCGGUGGUUAUGAUGAUUUCAAUUGCAAUAUUUGGGAUACAUUGAAACAGGAACGUUGUGGUGUUCUGGCAGGUCAUGAUAACCGAGUUUCAUGUUUGGGUGUCACUGAAGAUGGUAUGGCAGUGUGUACUGGGUCGUGGGAUAGCUUCCUGAGAAUCUGGAAUUGA